UGGACUUUUUGGACUUUUGGAAUUUGGACUUUGUCACUUCCACUUGUGGCUUUCGAGCAUUUUGGAAGGGAUCUGAAAUUAACUGGAAUAAUUUUUUUCUUGGUUGUUAACCAUCAUAAUUCGAUAAAGCACUUGCAGCGACUUGCUAGUAAUUAUUCCGAAGGACCUUCAGUGCGGUCCCAAAUUCCCACGUUUCACCCUGCCUUCGUCGUAGCAGUGUAGUUACAUGAGGGCGUAUAUUUGACUAUGGUCGUAGUGACGGCGUGACGCCCUGGAUUCUGCAGAUUGCAGCUGGAUGUGUAACAGUCAUGUGUUCGAACCAAUGCCACUUUGGUUGCCAUUAUCGGGAAAAUAUUUGCGAUCUUUGAAAUGAGUUCGGCAAAGAAACGAGCAGUCCCUGUUGACACGAAUUCGAAGCCUUCAUCCACCGAGAAGAAGUCUCCUAAUAAGGAGUUACGCGUGGCCCAUUCGUUGUCUGUCCCUUCUGCACGGACCUUGGACUGCAGUUCCAGCUCGAAGCCCAUCUGGCUUGUAAAAGUUCCGAAAUAUUUAUCCAGCAUCUGGGAACAAUCAGACGGUGAAGCGGUGGGACAGUGUGAAAUACGAGAGGCUCGACAAUCUGAUGGAGUAGCUGACGUUGAAGUCAGGUUAACAAUGCAGAAAAAACCGGGGCAGAGUGCGCCUGUGGAAUACGAAAUGCUGUUGAAACCAACACCUAUGAAAAUGGCUAUUCUCAUCGAUAACCAGGAAGAUCUCAUCAUGGAAGGUCAAGUGUCCCGGCGUUGUGACAUUGUACCUCUAAGCGGUAUGGACAACAAAGUUCUAAUGGAUAAGGAUCGGUUAAAGAAAAAAGAAACAAACCCACCUCCCAAGAUCGAGCUGAUGAAGGAUCCGGUGGUUAACUUUAAGCCGAUUUCGCAGCCAGUUGAGCGUGCAAAGGACACCACCAACAGACCGGCCAAGAAAGUGCGGGACGAAAAGGACGUUGUCAUUGAGCGGCUUUUGUCGGCCUUCGAGAAGCACCAGUAUAUCAGCAUUAAGGAUUUGGUGGAAAUCACACAACAACCGAUUGGAUGUCUGAAAGAUAUCAUGCUGGAAUAUUGUGUUAAAAGCAACACGGGAUCGCACAAGAAUCUGUGGGAACUUAAGCCGCAGUACAGGCAUUAUUAACUGCUUUUUCUUUUGUGAAAAAGAAGUCUCUCUAUUGGCUACCUAUGCUUGGACAGAUGGGAAUCGUAAUAAUUUUUUUAUUGCAUUUGUGGAGUUUAGAACCAGUGCUUGCCGCUCGGGCUUGAUUUUGCUGACGGUUUUUCCGACAUUUGGUUUUUGAUUGGCUUGCCAGAAGUGGUAGUAAAAAUGAGCUGUGAAAAUUUAUUUUAGUUUGGUGCACUUUUGCAGAGU